AUUUUAGAUCUUGUUAUUAACCAAAGAACCCGCGAAACGUGCAUUCUACCGUUAAUUGUACCCGCCAAAGAAAAAAUACGUAAUUUACUUAACUAGCACUUAGGAUCCCAAGACGAAGACGAGUUUUUUUUAUUCCUGUUGAUGUUUACUUUCUCUCUUUUCUUUUUUCCGGAGAAAAAAUUAACAUUUUCCCGAGAUACUAGAGGGUUCUCCGACUACUACCCUUGUCUUCUUUGGGUCUGAGCAUGAUAUUCAAGACUUCUGUGCUUAUUUUAGAAGUUUUGGGGACUACCCUUUUUGUCUAAAGGAUUUUUUAGCUUUAGUAGAGUGAACCCUUUGUUUGUCUCUCGGGAAAGCUAACAUUUUCCGGGAAAACAGAGGGUGAUUGGGUUACCCUUUUAGGCUUUAAGCUGGUGAGGGAUGGAGAAGCGGAUGGUGGUACCGGAAGGAGGGGAGAAAGGCGGAGUUGUUGGUGUUUCGAGCUCAUCCAAAGGCGGAGAUACGGGUAUGGUUAGGGAAUUGAUGGAUGUAAUUAUGACCGUUGGAUCGUAUUCUGGGUACAGGAGGACUCAGAGAAAGGAAUGCUUGAACUUGGUGAGGAGAUUGAAGUUUUUGAUGCCUCUUUUGGAAGAGAUAAGGGAGCUUGAUGCGUCAGUUUUAAGAGUUUCUUGUAAUGGGUUGACUAAUCUGAGGAAAGCAUUUUUUGCAGCCAGGAAAUUGUUGAAACACUGUAAUGAUGGAAGCAAAAUUUACUUGGCAUUGGAGAGUGAAGCAGUGACAGGAAGAUUUCAUGGUGUUUAUGAUAAAUUGAAUCAAGCUCUGGAUGAUUUGUCUUAUAAUGAACUAGGGAUCUCAGUUGAAGUGAAAGAGCAAGUAGAGCUAAUGCGGAUGCAACUUAAAAGAGCUAGGAGGAGGGCAGAUACGCAGGAUAUGGAGCUAGCAAUGGAUAUUAUGGUUGUACUUUCAAAGAAGGAUGACAGGAAUAAUUUACAGACCUAUGAAAGAGAGAGCAUACAGAAGUGGUUAAAUUCUAACCAUCGGACGUGCCCAAAGACUGGACAAGUUUUGGAUCAUUUGUCACUAGCACCCAACUAUGCUCUUCGCAAUCUUAUUCUCCAAUGGUGCGAGAAGAACAAUUUUGAGCUGCCCAAGAAAGAUGCUUGUGUGGGCUCUGGGGGAUCAAGUUCUGCUGAACUUACUGAAGAAAUAUCUUCCUUAGUCCAACAUCUAUCAUCUUGUCAGCCUGAGGUACGGAGAGUUGCAAUCAUGAAGAUCCGGAUGCUCUCAAAAGAGAAUCCGGACAACAGAAUUUUGAUAGCCAACGUUGGAGGAAUCCCUCCCUUGGUUCAGCUCUUGUACUAUCCAGAUUCAAAGAUUCAAGAACACACCGUAACAGCUCUCUUGAAUUUAUCACUUGACGAGGCAAACAAGAGACUUAUAGCUAGAGAAGGAGCCAUUCCGGCUAUUAUUGAGAUUUUGCAAAGUGGAACAGAUGAAGCUCGAGAGAAUUCUGCUGCAGCCUUGUUUAGCCUAUCUAUGCUUGACGAAAACAAAGUACUUGUAGGAGGCUUCAAUGGGAUCCUUCCAUUGGUGGAUCUUUUGCAGAAUGGUACUACUAGAGGUAAAAAAGAUGCUGCAACUGCACUUUUUAACCUAUCUCUGAACCAAACCAAUAAGUCCAGAGCCAUCAAAGCAGGUAUCAUACCGCCAUUACUUCAUCUACUGGAGGAUAAAAAUUUGGGCAUGAUUGAUGAGGCUCUUUCAAUCUUGUUGCUCCUUGCCACACACCCUGAGGGACGGAAAAAAAUCGGACAGAUAUCUUUUGUGGAAACUCUGGUUGAGAUAAUUCGAAAGGGGACUCCUAAGAACCAAGAAUGUGCAACAUCUGUUCUUCUAGAGUUGGGUUUGAACAAUUCAUCUGUUAUCUUGGCGGCCCUUCAGUUCGGUGUGUACGAACAUCUGAGAGAGAUUGCAAGAUGCGGAACAAGCAGAGCACAGAGAAAAGCAAAUUCUUUGUUACAGCACAUGAGUAAGUGUGAACACCUCCCCUGAAAUUCCAUUAACAUAUUUGGUGGGUUUUUGGGAAGGUGCUUACUGAUGUAUAUUGUAUUGAAAUUCAUCAUGUCUUCCGCUCUUUCUUGUAUCUUCAGUGAUAUAUUGUACAUUUUUUUUUUUUUUUUUCAAAGGUUAACUGAAAAUCUCCUUUUGUUUUCUUUCUUUGGGGUAACAAAGGUUAAAUUAUUGGUAGAUGAUAAUUACUGAAGUUGGUUUUCAUUUCCUUUUUCUCCACCAGAUUCUCUAUGCAUAUUUGGAUA